AUGUAUCUUACAAAACAACCCUCUCAUUCAUUCAAUAGAAAUAUUCCAUUCAAUCAUCCAAUUCACCAAUCUUAUCUUAUUAACCCUCAUUGCACAACAGGAUCUUUAAGUAAAACAAAGUUAGACGACAUCAACAACUCUAGCACCACUACAACCUGUUCAACUUCUACCACUACAACUUCGACUCUAGCAGACAGCAUCGAAAUGGAUGAUAUUAAUACCUUUGAGAUCAAAACCUCUAACAUUAGAGAUCACAUUAACAAAUUUGUUUAUAACCAUGGAGUUGAAAAGGAAUUUAAUUAUAUUGAAAAGAAAACAGAAAAGGAAAUUUUACAUGGAGACUUUAAAACAGCAUUAAAGGAGGAGAACAAGAUGAAGAAUAGAUAUAGUAAUGUUUUGCCACCCGAACAAUAUAGAGUACCAAUUUCAGUUGAUUCCGAUGAUGAAGAUGCAACCGAUUACAUUAAUGCAAGCUAUAUUUCCGAUCAGUAUAGCAAGGAGAAGAAAUACAUUUGCACUCAGGGUCCACUUGAAAACACUUUUAAUGAUUUUUGGAGAAUGGUUUGGGAGGUAAAGAGCAACGUAAUCGUAAUGCUAACGAGAGAAGAAGAGAACAACAAGAAAAAGUGCGACAGAUACUGGAUUGAAACUGGAAGCAAGGAUUACGGAAACUAUAGAUUACAUUUUGAAACAGUUAUUACUCUAAAUGAGCUGAUACAGAGAUAUUUUGUUAUUGAGAAUAUUGAGACAAAAGAAAAAAGAAAAUUAGUUCACUACCAAUAUAUUGCUUGGCCAGAUCACGGUACUCCAGUUUCUAUUAAAGGAUUUUUAAGUUUAAUUCAAGCAGUUGAUAAAGAUGUAAAAACAGGUCCAAUUAUUGUACAUUGCAGUGCUGGUAUAGGAAGAUCAGGUACUUUUUGUGUUGUUCAUUCAGUAGUUAACUAUAUAAAGCUAAGUCAAAGACCUGGAAUGGUUCAAACAAAAGAGCAAUAUAGAUUUUGUUAUUCGGCUAUUGCUGAGGGAACCAGUCUGGAGCAACUACGCAAGGGCAGGAGAUCACUCUCUUACUCAAUUAAUUAA